AUGCGAAACCUAAAGAUUGUGGGAAGGUCGCUUCUGCGGUUUUCUGGAGACGAACCACUACCGCUAACUGCGACUGCCUGGGACGCCGCAUCUGAUGCACUGGUAUGCGCUUUCGGUCCCUCGGAAUCACGUGCGACCAUCGAACUCAAGAGACUACACUAUGCGCGCAACGGUGUUGAGGAGAAACUCGAAAGCAUCGCAUCGUGGGAUGCGCCGUGUCCGCUGCCCUCGCUUACCCAUGACUCAAUCUUAAGUUUGCACCAUUUCGCCGACACUUCGACAUCAUGUUUGAUUUUGGCCGGAGGGGAUAUCGUCCUCGUAAGAGAAAACCCAACAUCUACGGAAGAGCUAGUUGAGAUCGUGGGAUCGGUGGAUGCUGGCCUCUCGGCUGCUGCGUGGUCGCCAGAUGAGGAACUCCUCGCCAUCACUACACAGGCAGACACCUUACUGUUGAUGAGUCGCGAUAUCGAGAACAUUGCAAGCGUCAACCUCACUCCUGAAGAUGUGAACGUCUCCAGUCACGUCUCGGUAGGGUGGGGAAAGAAAGAGACGCAGUUCAAAGGCAAACGAGCCAGGGCGCUACAGGACCCAACAGUACCGGAAAGCAUCGACGAGGGUGUACUCAGCCCCCUGGACGACAGAUCUGUCACAAUCAGCUGGAGAGGCGAUGGCGCAUGGUUCGCAGUAAGCAAGAUCGAGGAAGAGCGCCGUCGCAUGAUCCGUGUGUACUCCCGCGAAGGACAACUGGACAGUGUAAGCGAACCUGUGGAUGGCCUCGAAGGGGCCCUCAGUUGGCGACCAUCAGGCAACUUAAUUGCCAGUACUCGCCGUACCAGCGACAAAGUUGAGGUGGUCUUUUUCGAGCGGAACGGUCUUCGUCAUGGCCAGUUCGAUCUUCGAUUUACUGUUGAGGAGUUAGCUGCCCUCUCAGUUCCAUUGACACUCAAGUGGAACAGUGAUUCUAACGUCAUUGCUGUAUCCUAUCCCGACAAGGUGCAACUCUGGACGAUGAGCAAUUACCACUACUAUCUGAAGCAGGAACUUCGAUUUCCCGAGGCUUCUCCUCGGACAGUCAUGUGCGAUUGGCACGCCGAGCGUCCGCUUGCUGUUGCGCUUUCGACGUCAGAUGCGCUGCAAGUAUUAGAGUAUGCCUCUACGAUUUCGGCUGGCUCAGUUGCUCCACCAAAUGACUUUGGUAUGGUCGCUUCGAUAGAUGGAUUGUCUCUAAAACUUACGCCGCUUCGCAUUGCGAACGUACCACCUCCCAUGUCAUUACACACUGUGGCUCUAGAGUCGAAGCCUAUGGAUGUUGCACUUUCGAAAUCGGGCAACCGUCUAGCAGUACUUUCCGACAGCGACCUUGCAGUAUAUGCCCUCGACCUGAACAAGCGGCCAAUACCAAAACCUAGUCUCCUUUGGCGCAGUGACGCGGUAAAAGAUCACUCCCCGCGUCAUGUCACAUUUCUUGGCGAGGACCAGAUGUUCGUACUAACCGAUAGCUGGGACGAGGAGGAAAGCUCUCUCUGGCAUUCCGAGGGAGAUAUGUUGCUGCCCCAAGGACCCAUAAUGGAGGCUGAAGGCACGUCUCUGCUUCUUUCGAGUGUCGAUCAGGAAACGCUGUACACCCAGUUUCAGAGUGGUGCCUUACAUCAGGUUGUGGUCGAUGAGACUACAUCGGAUCUGCCACCGCAGAUGUCUCUUAUCAACAAAUUCCCCUCUUUUGCACCCGAGGUUCAGCUUGUCAAUGUUGAGGGUCAGACACUGGCGUUUGGUUUGACGAAAAGCGGAGUGCUGUAUGCCAAUGAACGCAUAUUAGUUCGCAACUGCACAUCGUUCGUGGUCACUACCGCUCAUCUUAUCUUCACAACGACGCAGCAUCUCCUCAAAUUUGUUCAUCUUGCUAGUGUAGAUGAUCUAGAGGUACCUGCAGACGAACCACAAAAGGAUGAAAGAUGCAGAAGCAUCGAGAGAGGAGCAAAGAUCGUCACGGUCAUGCCAACAACGUACUCAGUCGUACUACAGAUGCCAAGAGGUAACCUGGAAACGAUAUACCCACGAGCACUUGUGCUUGCUGCUAUACGCCGAAGUAUUGAGGCAGACCGAUACGAUGAAGCAUUCUUUGCUUGUCGCAACCAGCGCGUGGAUUUCAAUAUCCUACAUGAUCAUGAUCCGGAGCGUUUCAUGGCCAGUCUGGAGAGGAUUGUUUCGCAGAUCAAGAAGAUAGAGCACAUCGAUUUGCUCUUAGCACAGCUCCGUAACGAGGACGUAUCGGAAACCAUGUACAAGGAAACACUGAAGACAAAGGAACUGGCCACAAAGUCAAAGCUGUCACAGGAUCAAGUCGACAAUAAAGUCAAUCGCAUAUGCGACGCUUUCUUGGACGUACUAGAGAAGUCACAGUACAAGGAUGUGCACCUGCAGAAUAUAAUCACGGCCCACGUCUCCAAAACACCGCCAGCUCUGGAGACUGGUCUAGCUAUGAUCGGUCGUCUGCAAGCAUCAAGUGACCCGCUUACUGACAAGGCUGCCGAGCACAUUUGCUUUCUUGCAGACGUCAACCAGCUCUAUGAUACAUCAUUGGGACUUUACAAUCUAGAUCUCGCCCUGCUCAUCGCUCAACAAUCACAAAAGGAUCCGAGAGAAUAUCUUCCACAUCUCCAGUCUCUACAAGAUCUCCCCGAAAUCCGUCGCAAAUUCAAGAUUGACGACCAGCUCGGACGCAGAACGAAAGCACUCACACAUCUCAAAGAACUCCAGGCCUAUGAUGAAGUACAGGAGUAUGUACAAAAGCACGACCUUUACCCCGAGGCCUUGAGCAUGUACCAAUACGACAACACUCGCUUGAGAGAAAUCAUGCGGUUGUACGCAGAUUUCUUGAGCAGCAACAACAAGAACAAAGAAGCUGCGCUGGCGUACGAGUAUCUCGGCGAUCAUACAUCCGCUUGGCCAUGUUACCGGUCAGCCAAUCUCUGGCGCGAAGCCUUAUCGUCUGCUGUUCUCGCCGAUGUAAGCGCUGAUGAGCUGUCGACCAUUGCCACGGACCUCGCCGAUGGUCUCGCAGAAUCCAAGGACUACCUAUCCGCUGCAUCAAUAACACUGGACUAUCUGUCUGACCUUCCGUCCGCAGCGCGUCUCCUGUGUCGUGGUUGCCACUUCGCCGAAGCAAUUCGUGUCGUCACGCUCCGCCGCGAACCUGCUCUUAUUACCGAAGUCAUCGAUCCCGGUCUCAUAGAACGCAGCGCAGAUAUGACUGAGUUCCUCGCCGACAUGAAAGGCCAACUACAAGCUCAAGUACCUCGACUCAAGGAACUCCGGACCAAGAAAGCAGAAGAUCCGAUGGCGUUCUACGAGGGCAUGAUUGACGGCCCGGCCGAUGCGAACAUCCCUGACAACAUCUCUCUGGCGCCCCCGGACACAACGAGCGGUGGUACAUUCAUGACCAGAUCCACAAAUCAGACUGGCACAGUAAAUACGACGACUACACGCAAGACAAGCAAGAAUAAGCGCAGGGAGGAGAGGAAGCGUGCACGUGGUAAGAAGGGCACAGUAUAUGAGGAGGAGUAUCUUACCAACUCGAUCGAACGCCUCAUCGAGCGUAUCAACAGCAUGCAGGAAGAAAUCCAGCGCCUUGUCGAAGGUUUGUUUAGGAGAAGUAUGAGAGAGCGUGCUGAUGCCGUGUCCAAUGCUGUCAACGAGGUCAUGGAACGGUGUCAGGAGGCAAUCAAGGAGAUGUACCCAGCUGUGGCAGUUGGAGCCUCCGAGAGUGCUAAUCAGCUGCCAGUUGGCGUUGAAGGUGAGGCAUUGAAGCCUACUGGCGGAGACGCGACGCUUUGGGAUAGCUUGCAAGAGGUGGGGAAGAAGAGAGAGGCGCCAGUGAUUAAAAUGUUUGAGAAGCUUAGUCUUCUAGGGUAG